ACUCCAGUUUCCAAAGUUUUUAUGAGGAGCUAAGGAUAGCUGAUGGACAGAAAAGUGAGUUUCUGUCGUAUUUGUCCCCAAGUUAACCGAUGGAUGACAUCAGAUGGAUGACAUCAACGUCCUCCUGAAUCUGAGGCGUCGAAUCAGAGGUAUCGGUGAUGGGCGCCCUGCACAGGAACGCUACAUGAGGAUACAGAAGGAUGGAGAGACACUCAGUUACCAAGGGAACUCUGAGGAGGUGGGUUGCUAUGUGGCUGGCCAUCCUUUAUCAAAGGGAAAUUGCUAUUUUGAGGUGACAAUAGUGGACACAGGGGUGAGGGGGACCAUCGCUGUGGGCCUGGUGCCUAAAUUCUACAGACUGGACCACCAGCCUGGCUGGCUGCCAUACUCUGUAGCUUACCACGCUGACAACGGCAAGAUAUACAAUGGAAACCCUGUCGGUCAGCAGUUUGGGCCAAAGUGUGCUCGUGGUGACCACAUCGGCUGUGGAAUACACUCGGAGAACAUUGAAGCAGGUUUUACAACAGUCUUUUUCACCAAAAACGGCAAAGAGGUGGGUUCAGUGGAGGUUCCCGUGUCUGCGGAGGGGCUGUUCCCCGCCGUAGGGAUGCACUCCAUGGGGGAGGAGGUGAAGGUUGACCUGCAGGCGGAGUGGUUCCUGGAGGUAGACGAUAGUAUGAUGAUGGUGGACAGCCAUGAAGAUGACUGGGGGCGGCUUUUCGAUGUCAGGGUUAGCGGCACGCUCUUGGAGUAUGUUGGCAAGGGAAAGAGCAUCAUGGACGUGGGUUUGGCUCAGGCCCGCCAGCCACUCACCACCCGCUGCCACUACUACGAAGUGGAGAUUGUUGAUGCUGGAGAGAAGUGUUACAUUGCCCUGGGCCUGGCGAGAAAGGACUAUCCCAGGAACAGACACCCGGGAUGGAGCCGAGGGUCGGUGGCGUACCAUGCCGACGACGGCAAGGUCUUCCACGGCAGCGGGGUCGGAGACGCUUUCGGUCCUCGCUGCUUGAAAGGCGACAUUAUGGGCUGCGGCAUCAUGUUCCCACGAGACUACAUCCUGGACGAAGAAGGUGACGUGGACGACUGGGAUCGGCUGGAGGUCCGUCAGGGUCGGGCAGGAGUCCAGAACAUUCUGUACCUCAACGACGAAGAGGAGGAAGAGGAAGACGGGGAAGAGGGCGAGCAGGGACAGGAGGCCAGGAAGGUCACGGUGUUCUUCACCAGGAACGGGAAGCUGAUGGGCCGCAGGGAGAUGAGGGUCCCUCCCGGGGGUCUGUUCCCCACCGUGGGGAUGCUGAGCAGCGGGGAGAAGGUGAAGGUGGACCUGCACCCCCUCAGUGGCUGAGCGGACCCCCACUGUGACGCUCUGCUAACAGCUGGCUGCCCUGCAGAGCUCACACCUAGCCUAGCAUGCUGCGAACACUUCAAACACACCGGCGCUGUCUCUGCUUUUAUUUAUAAGACCUGUACAUUGUCUCAUCAAAGAAUCACCACCGGAUCACACACCUGGUUGUACAGUAGCAGAGAAGUCAAACAUAAGCUGUGUAGGUUACAGCAUGCUGCACCUAAAAGAAAAUAUAUAUAUUUAACGGUUUAUUCUAUGCAAUCUGUACGGCUAUCACCUUCAUAUCUAACCUCCCUCUGCAUGCAGUGUGUCCAACACUGAGCUGUUAAACCCCCUCUCAUGACCUCUGUUCAUUUCAUUUGUCACGACCCAAAGCUAAGCAGAGCCAACUGUUGUGUCGAGUCAGAGCUCAGUUUCAGGGAAUACACUCUCCCCUCUCUGUCUCUCCCCCUUCUCUCUGUCUCUCCCCCUCCCCCUCCCCCUCUCCCUCUCUCUCUCUCCUCCUCCCUCUCUCUGGGUGAGGCUGCCCUCCUGUGAGCGUUCAGGGACCUGCUGCCUCCCGGAGCUUCGCUGGAAGUGAAACCGAGGAUCUGUUGCAAUAUUUCACAAAUGCAUCCACGCUCAUUGUAUACAAGCUGAUCAUUACAGGUUUGGCAAUCACAACCUCACAUUCAGAUGCUGUUAACUGUUUCUAAUCGGAGAAGGACUACACUUAAACAAACAUGUCAGGUAUGUUUUCUACAGGGGCAUCUGCAGAAUACACAUUUAAAAUAUUUUACAUAAAAAAGGUUCAGGGAAUGUGUUUUGUUUUUGCACUUCGGGGGAGGCUGAGGACACAUUUAAGUCAUACAGUGAGUGGACAAAACUGAAACGACCCUUGCAGUCUGAUGCAACCCCUCAAUCAUCAGCCAUACAAUAUAUCCAUAUGCAGCUUAAUUUAUCAUCAUGAAAUAUAAUCAGCUCUGGCUGCUGUGUUGGAUUGCAUCAAACUGUAAUGUGUUACUUUGGGUUUUAACAUUUGUCCUCAGUGCAUGCAAAGGAUUAUUUCCUGUCUCACUUUUCCUCUUCUGUUUUUCUAACUAUAAAGUUAUACUAAUAUUUGACCGUUAAGUUUACAAGAAGAGAUCCUCCCAAAUGAAUUCCUUGCUUUAGUAGUCAGAGGAUGAUUUGUGUGAUAACAUUAUGUGAUGAAGAGUUAACUGCUGGGGGAUUUUAUUUUUGUUUUAAGGAUGAAGAUGAUUUGUGAUUGCUGCAUGUUUGUGUUUGUGUGUCUGCGCAUCAUCAUCAUCAACAGCAGCACCAGAGGUUUGCAUCACAAAGAGGGAUCAGAUCAGAGACUCUGGUUUUGUGCUGACUCACUUCAAGCUGUGUUGGAUCACUAUGGUAACCAUGCAAAGGCAUAGGGCUGCUACAAUCGUUUUUCGUUAUUAAAUAUUCAGUGCAAACAUUUUCUUGAUUGUUUAGUCUAUAAGAUGUCGUGUGGAAUAUUUAGAAAUCAUAAUUAUAGAUUUGAAAAUAAAUAAAUAUUCUAAAUUCUUCUUCCCUAAAACCUUCAGCCUACAUUUCCCACAAUGCAAUUCGACAAACACCAAAGCCUCAAGCAAUACUUUUUUUCUGCGUCACACGGCUCUGUAUCGGCGUCUUCCAACCGACAGUUAAACGACAAUUCUUCAUGGCAGAUUUAACUGAAUUUAUUAUUUUCAGGUUUUAUUUUUUAAUGAUUAAAUACUUAAAAUUAAAUCUGUUUACCACACCAUGUCCUAUAUGUGAGCUCCCGCGUUUCUCCUCUUAGUAUAUAAUAGUUAUAAUAAUUGUAUACGACGGUUAAUUCUUAAACGGUCUGAGGAGCAGCAAUGCAUUCUGGGGCGGUCAAUUAUGUACAGUUAACUUGCAUCUUAAACUAAAAUGUUUUCUAAUAAAGUCUACAUCCAGGAAUAUCUCAUAUGUACAAAAAAUCCACGUUAGAACGCCACACUUAGUAAACAAAAAAGUACAUUAGUUGCAGUUUGGAUCACAGCCACAGAUUUAUUUCAUUUCCAAACGUAAAGCUAGUCCCAAACAAACCCACUACUAGAAAGGGGGGUACAUUACAACCUUUUAUUUAACAUACUAGUCCUCUCAAAUACCUGAAAACAGACGUGGAUGUUUAAAUCUUGUUGAAUAAUCACUCUUAACUGGAUUAGUAAAAAAAAACGGUUAUUCUUCUGUUAGGAGGAUGAUUUCUGGAUUUCUGGAUUUGUGAUACAGACUUCAGCAAUCUGUGCACGUGAAUGAGAAAUAUUGUAGUUUGUUGUAUUGUGUCAGUGGGAGCUGGUUUCCACACAAAUUCUAAACAUAUCGUAUAAUCUUAAUCUUUAAAACCUUCCCCACAUCUGUGUUUGUCCAUCACAACAUCAGCAGCCCUGCAACAUAAACUACAUUCCUGUAAAGGUGCAAACUGCAGGUUUCUGUAGUGUUUCAGCUUUCAUUCUGCAGACAGUCGUGCUAGGAAUAACACUUGAUGUAAAAAUCCCUACAAAGGGUUACGUUUGAAAUCACAUAUCUGCUGGAGACCAUGUUUGUGAUCAGCUGUUGUUAUGCAACUUGUUUUAGCCAUUAAUGAUGUGAAUACAAAUGUAAAUCACUAAGUUGUCCUCUUGCAGGGCUGGAUAGAGACUUAUGUUAAUUAUGCCAGCUGGACGGUGCAAAGACAUUAAUGAGACACUUCAGGGUAUUAAAGUCACUUAUUGUAACGUUUACAAAGUUUCACGGUUCAACCAAAUUCUUAGUUAAAUCUGGUUUUAAAUGUUUGUAGCGUCUCUUUACUCGUGUGAUAACUCCUCGCCUCGUUGACUUGCACUUUGAAGACAUUGUUCAGUUCAUGUUUGAUCUUCAAUAAAGGUUUCAGUAAUG